GGUGGCGCUUCCUCAAGUUACGAAAAGACCGCAAAUAGCAGGUUUCUGAGCUUGUGGGUUCGCCUCUAGUCAAAUACCGGUUUUUGAGCUUAAAAGAAGAAGACCAGCGAAGGUAGGGAGGAGAAUAAAAACAUCUGGUCUGGGAAAUAGAGGAUAUGCACCAAGGUGAUAAUAGAUUGUGAUUCGCGAAGCUGGAACAAAUUUCUACUGAGUUCUAUCAGCAUCGACUUUCAAUAGCCGGGUUUUUCAUGUAUGGAGCCAGAAAUGUAUCAUUAGGGUUGAAAAUUUGCGGUGUAAAGCUUAAUACAUCAAGCUAUACAGUAUGUUUACAGUUUAGAAAUAUUUAUACAUAUAUACUUCAGGACAUUUUUUUACAAGAAGCAAAAAUUACUGCCCCAUUUCUUCAGGUGGUCUACAUUCUCCUGCAACUCAACUGCUGGAGGACUUGUCCCACAUCUCGCAUGGCAUCAAAACGACAUUUCUGCUCCAGCAUCAUACCUUCCCAGAAACAUCUCUGCACAUCUUCAGUUGACAUCCCUGUUUAUUUCACACAUCAGGGAGCUAUGGAAACCAAUCUCCCAUACCCAUGCUCUCGGAACGCUUAUAGGUUGCUUACUGGAUUCAUAAUCAGCAAAUACCUGCAAGGAUGUUUCCGUUGACCAUAUCAGGAUCCUCAGCUUACAUGUCAACAGAGACUUAUAAGCCAAGUUUUUAGCAAGCUCAACACAUCAGUGACAUCACACCUCAUUAACUUGGAAGUAAGUUCCAUUGAGUGGAAAUCUUCCUUUAGUUGCUGUUCUGCAAGGUAUCUGGGUAACCAUCACAGGUCAGUUCUGAAUUCCGAUCAGACUGUCAAAUAUGCUGGGAAUUACUCACAAAUUUUGUAUGGACACGAUAAAUUUAUGUUAUCUCACCAGAAGUGUUCCUUGAAUUGUUUCAACAUCAUCUUCUUCUUCCGGUCUGUUUUUCGAAGUCAUCGAGGAAUCUGCUGCAGGUCACAUGAAACAUAUCAGAGGACAACACUAUUUUGAUCUUCAAGAUCAGAAUGGCAAAGCUAUAUAGAUGUUUAUACAGUAGCACUAUGACACUAUGGAGCUAAAUUGCUCUAAACCUACCUGGUUUCUUAAUAAUAGCAAGCAGAUAUCGACAAGGGUCAUCUGGUUCUCGCGCCUCUAACUGCAUUCAAAUGUUAUAUAGUUUCACUCCAACAUCACAGUUAUGUAAAACAAAUAGAAGAUUGCAAUUCUUUUAAGUUGAAGACUGUUAAAAACUAACCCCAAUAACAAGUGGGUGUGUAUCUGGAAGUUCAUAGCUGCAUCAAGUGGAUACAGAGAAAAUAUUUCAAAUGUUAAGGCAUGUUGAAUAAAAUACAUGAUCGAAAAGAUGCAAUUGUGAUAAUUGAAGCUUCUUCAUAUUGUACGUACACUUGGUGCUCUGUCCUUAAACGGCUUAUGCUUUUCCAUUUAGGUAAAGGGAUGGAUGCAGCCUCUGGAGCUGCAACUAUCAAAGCAUUAGAUAGAUUUAGGUUGUCCUCCAUUACUCUGCUCUCUUCCAUGUAGGUCAAUAGAUUUUCCAUGAAUGUCUUCUUAUCAAAUUUGAUAGUUGGUAUUUCAGCAACACCAAGAUCUUCCAUAUCCCUUUCUGUUGAUUCAACUUGAUCAAGUAGUGGAUACUCACCAGAACUUUGUUCACAACAGACUGGCAAAUGCCCCAACUCUGACAAGCCACAACAUUCUUCAGGCAAAGUAACAAGUGCCAUUUCAGAGUCAACAGAAGUAUCAGCUGAUAGUGGACGAAAAGAACCAACUAGACUUCUCUCUGACAAGUCACCUUCUCCAGGUAAGGUGACAAGUGCCUCUUCAGUGUUGAUGGAAUUAUCAGUUGAUGGUGAAUAAACAGAACCAACUAGACUUCUCUCUGACAAUUCUAGUUCUUCAGGUAAGAUAACCAGUUCCUUUUCAGUGCGGAUGGAAUUAUCAGCUGAUUGUUGAUAAACAGGUCCAACUAGACUGCUCUCUGACAAAUUACGUUCUUCAGGUAAGAUAGCAAGUACCUUUUCAGUUUUGAUUGAAUCAUCAGCUGAUGGUGGAGUGCCAUCAGCUAAGGUAAGAAGUGCCUGUUCAGUGUUGAUGGAAUUAUCAACUUGUGGUUGUGGAUAAACUGGACCAACUAGGCUUCUCUCCUGCGGCACUGGCAGGGUAAGGCUUGCACUGCAUCCAUGUUAGUGUUUAGGUUGCAUGGAAGAUAAAAGGUACAUUCAAAAUGUUUUGUGGCACCUCUUGUUAGCUUAAAAUAGUACACAAUAGCCAGGUAACCUUUUUUUUUUUACAGAAAUUUACUUCAAACUCUAAAAAUUUUAUUUGUAUAGAUUUAGCAUCAUAGUUGCACAAGAAUCCUUAAUCUAAACAAUUCCAUUAAGAAGUUGAGUAUUUAUUUGCUCAACAUCAAAGAAUAUAAAUGAUAACACUCAAUGUCUAAAAGAAAAGAUCAUGAGAUGUUAUAGCAAUAUAUAGAGUAGUUGAAACAAACCUACCUUGUGAAAGCACUUGCAAAGUGCCUGCACUCUGCUCUCAUUGGACAAGCAUUGCAAUUUGGUCUUUCUUUUGUACAAAACACCUGUAUCAAAUCAAAUUUACAGUGGCUACUUUUCUUGUCAUGCAAACAAGAUACUUAAAAAACUUAUGAAGACUCACGUUCUACCUUUCCAAACGUGAUCAUCUGUGUGUGAAAUUCAUACCUGCAAAAUGGAUGAAUGGUUCUUUCACUUUACUACUGAAUACUUAAUUAUGCACUUCUUGAUGAAGAACAACAUUGAUAGAAAGAGAUCAUCUACAUACAGGGUUAAGUGAUCAAGUGUGCAUAGCCGUGGCCAAAUAUACUUGUGAAUAGAGUUGACAUGUGGAUACCUAUAUCGUAAUGAAUGAUAACAAUAAUAGAGGUGUAAAAAGAAAAUUAUGGUUAUUGCUGUGCACUUAUACACGGGUACUUAAUGAUAAUGAAAUAUCACUUACUUUUUCAGAAGAUGCAUUGGUUGGCUAUUUGGCAGUAAAUGAAUAGGAACCCAUCCCAGACGAACUAGUACACGGCCAACAUUGAUGUCAACCUAAUUGGAUCAGUGAAGUAAAACGAUAAUGGUAUAUUCCAUGUAAAUAGAUAUAUUUACUUUUUGGGAUGUAUUAAAUUAAUUGUUGGGAUGUGUCAAGUUAAUUGUCCCAUUUGCCUUUUUGGAAAGAAAUUCACCCUAAAAGCCUCUUACUUUUUAUAUAGUCUACAAUAAUUAAUCUUAAAUUAUGAUACGGAGGAAGUACUAUCUUACUCCAAAUACCAAAACUUUCAAAACAUAAAUGUACCUUUUCAGUAGAUUAAGGCACUUUUCUUUUAAAGGAAACAACUCAAAAUGAAACCAUAGCUAAUGUAUUUGGAAUAUGAUUAGGAAAUAUAUCAGAUAGUCCCUCCGUCCCUAAUAACUUUGUUAUCUUUUCCUUUUUGAUCGUCUAAAAAACUGUCACUUUCCAUAUUAAUCAGUGAAUUUGUGGUUCCUAUUAUUUCUACCUCCCCUGCACAAGCCUCAAACCCCUCAAUCACAUAAUUUUUAUUUUAUUAUUUCUCGUACCAGUCAAACUUUGCAAACUUCGCAAAGUUUUGAGGGACGGAGGGAGUAUAUGAUUGUAAAAUAUUAGUGAUCUUACCUUGUGGAGGUUAGACAAAUCACAUGUACACACCAUACACCAUGCAUGCAUACACACACAG